GCCAAGUUCAAGAUCACCGUUGUGAGCACACCGAGUCCCUCACCGGGCUCCCCACCACCGACACCGCCACCGAGCGUCAUCAAUCACAACAUGGUCGAGACAAAUUCACCGCCGGCUGGCUACAUUCUCAAGCGUUGCGGCGCCACCGAUCUCAGCGAACAGCAGCAGCAGCAGCAGCAACAGCAACAACAGCAGCAACAGCCUACGCGACAGAUUCAACGUUCCCGUUCGCCGGGCAACAAUGCCGCCGCCUAUCAUUUAACCACCGCCAUGCUGCUCAAUUCCCAACAAUGUGGUUAUCUUGGCCAACGUCUCCAAUCAGUUCUCCAACAACAGCAGCAACAACAGCAGCAACAACAGCAGCAGCAGCAGCAGCAACACCAACAACAACAACAGCCGCAAUCGCAGACGCCCUCCUCGGAUGAUGGCUCCCAGUCGGGCGCCACCAUUUUAGAUGAGGAGCGACCGCGUGUGAGUGGAGCAACUGCAGCAUCUGCUGCAGCUGCCUCCCUCUUUACCAUCGACAGCAUUCUGGGCUCACGCAAUGCGGCAGCGGUUGCAGCAGCCGCCAGCAACAAUCACAACAGCAACAGCAACCACAACAACAAUAGCAAUAAUAAUAACAACAACAACAACAGCAACCAUAAUAACAAUAACAGCAUCAACCUUAAUGGCAGCCUCGCCUUGGGGGGUCUGGUCAAGCGCAGCACAGAGUCACCUGCCUCCCCGAACUCCAACUCCAGUUCCAGCGCCGCCGCCAGCCCGAUACGCCCGCAACGUGUUCCUGCCAUGCUGCAGCAUCCCGGCUUGCAUCUGAGCCAUCUGGCGGCGGCGGCAGCAAGCGGCUUUGCGGCAUCCCCAUCGGAUUUUUUAGUGGCGUAUCCCAACUUUUAUCCGAAUUAUAUGCAUGCAGCUGCCGUUGCCCACGUUGCCGCUGCCCAGAUGCAGGCGCAUGUAAGUGGACAUGGUGCAGCUGCCGCCGGUUUGAGUGGACAUGGCCAUCAUCCGCAUCAUCCGCACUCGCAUACGCAUCCGCAUUUGUCGCACCAUGCCCAGCAUCAUUUGGGUCUGGGGCAUUUGGGGCAUGGUCCGCCGCCGAAACGCAAGCGUCGCCAUCGCACCAUCUUCACCGAGGAGCAGCUGGAACAACUGGAGGCCACCUUCGAUAAGACCCACUAUCCCGAUGUGGUGCUGCGCGAACAGCUCGCUCUCAAAGUCGAUCUCAAGGAGGAGCGUGUCGAGGUCUGGUUCAAGAAUCGGCGAGCCAAGUGGCGCAAACAGAAGCGCGAGGAGCAGGAGCGACUGCGUAAGCUGCAGGAGGAGCAAUGUGGAAGUACACCCAACAACAACAACAACAACAAUGGCAGCAAUAGCAACAACAACAACACUGGCUCAUCGCCCAGUUUGUCAGGUGGCAACGCUGGCAUCAAAUGCGACUAUGCAACGCAAUUGGUGCACAUCAAAAGCGAUCCAAACAUUUAUACCGAUGCAGACGAAUCCUCCGAUCUGGAAGUGGCCUAAGCCACAGCAAAUAAAAUGUACCCCUAACUGUAUAUAUUUUCUCUCAA